AUGAAUACAUCAAUAAACCUGGUUGCCAACGUAUGUAAUUACAAACGUUCUAGCCUGGUUGACCCGUUUAACUAUAGAGGAAAAACCACGAAGUUUAAAAGAAGCACAGUGCUUUUACCUUGUCGAUGUUUCUUAGAAAGAAUAUAUGAAGGGGAAAACCCUGAUUUUGACCAAAAUCACAACAUUGCCAUUUCGAACCCUUUGCUACGUUUAGAACAGCUAGGAACUCGGUGGUUUGGACUGAUCAUAGACCUUGACUCCUUGCUUGUGGAAGGUAGUAAUAUCUACUCUCAAGAUGCUUGGAUGAAGUUAGCACAGAAGAAAAAAUUGAGAUAUCCAAGUAAAUAUGAUUUAAAAGUUGCAGAACGGAGUAGUCCAACCCAGUUCAUUACUCAAAUCAUGCUAUGGGGUACCGAUCGUUACUUUGUUCGUGAUCUCAUCAAGGAAUAUCGCCGCCUUCUUCAAAAAAAUUCUACUCCAAAGAGUUGUAUAGAUCUAAAACCGGGUGUUCAUAACUUUUUAAGGAUGAUGACUUCACAAGAUAUUCCUUGCAUAAUAACUUCAUCUGAAAGCCGCCAGGAUUUAAGGGCAACUUUGAUUUCACUAGGUAUUCAUACGUACUUUGAUGUUGAAGAUGAAGAUAAGUUACCAAAUUCACAUAAUAAAAUUGUUGAGAAAAUUGCGGGGUGCGAUGACACUGCCAAUGGCCUACCAGAUCCAGAACUUUAUGCCUAUGCAGCAAAUUUGAUUCAACGGGCAUGUGAUAGGUGUGUGGUGCUAGGUGCUUCGAUUUCUUGCUGUGAAGCUGCACAUUCACUUGGUAUGAAGUGUGUUCUCAUUCAAGGAGGUAAAACGAGGCGUUGGGAGUUGACUGGUGCAGAUAUUGUUAAAAGUAGCUUGGAGGAAGUCUUCUUUCAAGAUUUUAAAGAACUCUUCUCUUCAGAUCUUGAUUAA